ACCACCUCUGUUCCCCUCUUUCUCUCUCUAAAUAACUUCGGGAUCAUUCUGUGUAGAACUCGAGCCAUGUCAAAGAUACAUCCAGCUGCAGAGAAUGGAUACCAAUAUCAAGAUCGUGGAGUUCACCAUGAUCAGGUGGAAGAUGUAAACCCAUCUGUGCUCACAGUGUGGAAGAGAUCUAGCAUGACUUUCCAGGGAACUGAUGGAUUUACAGUCUUCGAUCACCAAGGAGUAUUGACUUUCCGAGUUGACAACUAUUCCAGGAAGAGCUGCGGCGUUCGGAAAGGGCUCGUCCUCAUGGACGGAGCUGGAAGAGCCUUGCUCACUCUAAAGCCCCAGGUUUUCAGUAUGCAAGACCAAUGGAACGCAUAUCAAGGAGACUAUGGAUGUGCAAAGAGUCCCAAGUCCAGUAGAGUAUUCACCAUGAGAAAUACUGGUUCUGGUCUUUUUAGCCGCAGCAAUAAAAGUGAAGUUACAGCCGAGGUGUUCAUGGGAUCCGAAACUACCAGCCUUUCAUCACCGGAUUUCAGAAUCGAAGGUUGUUUUUGGAGGCGAAAAUGCAAUAUCAAGAGCUCCAGUGGGCAACUAGUAGCCAAUGUAGCUAGGAAAAGAGUGAACAACACAGUCAUGCUUGGGGAAGAUGUGUUCAGCCUGGUAGUACAACCAGGGUUCGACCUUGAUCUUAUUAUGGCCUUUGUAAUAAUCUUGGAUCGCAUUUGUGGGAAGCCAUUAACCCCAAUUUUGUGUUCUUAAUUGAUUGUCCUUUUGAUUGAUGUACAAAAAUAAAGCCGUAUAAGAGGAUACCCAUUGUAACGAGUAGAGCCAAUUAGGGCGAUUACUACUCCAAUUUUCUUGUAUUUAAAUAAAGAACAAAGUAUUUAGCGUU